AUGUCGUCGUUCGGUAUGCUUGCUCCAUUGCCAAGGGAGGUCAGGGACCUAAUCUACCGCAACGUCUUUGAGUCGGAGCAGAGAGAUUACCCCUCUCAAACCCACUUCGAAUCUCCAGGCCGCAAGAACCCGAUCUUCCUCGCGUCCAAAGCGAUUCGAACCGAGGCUUCCGACAUGUUCUUCAGCACGGCAACAUUUUUCCUUCGUAUAACACCAGCUGAGAAUCCUGAGGUCGCUGCCAAGCUCGCAAAUACAGAGCGGGAUCCUGAAAACGUGUCACUUGGCCUGUACAUAACGCCGUCAGAUACUAACUCUACCAAAGAAACGUCCCACGAGCGCGCCGUGAUUCGCUGGCUAAACGAUCGCUUCGGCUGCAUGAGAUUGGCCCCUCACACCCUGUAUUUCCGAUUUGAUGGACGACACGCCAAAGUGAUCAAGCCUCUGAUUGAACGUAUGCUGCUUGCGCUCAUCCCUGGCUUCUCAAGCUUUGAAGACCGGACUGUUGUUAUUCCGGAUAAAGUGGGACGUGAGACAUGUUGGGCUGAAAUCAACGAGGGAUCUGAUCAAGUAUUACUUUUUAUGAAGGAGAAAUUGGUGUCCCGUCAGAGUGGUCACAUGCCUUCUGGGGUGGAAUUUAAGAGGCUUCAGAAUUGUGUGCAGGUCACGUUCUAA